AUGGGCAAUAUCGGCAAUGAGAACGCAGUCAGGCAUGCUGACAGAACACAUGAUAGGACAACACCCGAGGGUGAGACACGUAUAUCGAGGGAUUUAUCUAGCUCCCCACAUUUACAAAGCUACAUGGAUGAACCAAACAUGAUUCGGAAAGCGGCGGGAAAGAUUCCACAUAUUGGCAUUGUCGGCGCUGGUGUUGCUGGGUUGAGAUGUGCGGAUAUCUUGUUGAAGCAAGGUGUCAAAGUGACUAUACUCGAGGGAAGAAAUAGAGUUGGUGGACGGUUAUGUCAAAGCAAUGCGCUAGGUCACUUGGUCGAUCUCGGCCCAAAUUGGAUACAUGGAACAGACGACAAUCCCAUUCUUGAUCUUGCCAAGGAAACAAAAACUGUGGCUAUGAACUGGGAUGGUCGACAGUCGGUUUUUGACAGUUUAGGAAAACACAUGCCCGACAAAGAAGCAGCAGAAAAUAGUGAGCAUGUCUGGGGAAUCAUCGAGCAAGCAAUGAAGUUUUCGAAUCAAGAGUCUGCAACAAUACCAGCCGAAAUGAGUUUGUACGAUUACUUCCAGGAGCAGGUGGUAAAAAUGUUCCCAGGCAACGAUGAAAAAUCAAAGAAGAAGCAAAGAGAUAUACUCGAGAUGGCCGAGAUGUGGGGUGCAUUUGUCGGCUCGCCAAUCCAAACGCAAAGUCUCAAGUUCUUCUGGCUAGAAGAAUGCAUCGACGGCGAAAACCUCUUUGUAGCAUCGACAUACGCCAAAGUCCUAGACAAGAUUGCCGAACCUGCACUCAAAGGCGCGACCAUGCUCUUCGAGCACAAAGUCAAAUCGAUUCUCUCCCAAGAAACCAACGGCGAGACAGCAGUCACACUCGAGCUCGAAGACAAAAAAAGCCUAACCUUCGACCAAGUAGUCAUAACCACCCCCCUCGGCUGGCUAAAAAGAAACAAAACAGCCUUCACUCCCCCCUUACCACCCCGCUUCAACCUCGCAAUCCAAAACCUCGGAUAUGGCCAUCUAGACAAAGUCUACAUCACCUUCCCCACCGCCUUCUGGAACACUUCCUCUCCCACCACCACCACCACCACCACUUCAUCCCCCAGCCCAAUCCCCUCCUCAGACUCCCCCAUAAACCCCACCCACUACCCCGGCUUCACCCACUGGCUCAACCCAACCUACACCCCCACCACAAACCCCUCAUCCUGGAACCAAGAAGCCGUCAACCUCGCCGCCCUCCCCUCAGACACCGCUCAUCCAACCCUCCUCUUCUACACCCACGGUCCAACAAGCAAACACAUAGCCAACCUCCUCGCCUCGAUUCCCGAGGAAAAACACAAAGAUAUCCUCAUCGACUUUUUCGCCCCGUAUUACUCGUUACUACCAAACUACAAAAAAGAUGAUGAAGAGUGUAAGCCGAAAGCCGUGCUAGCGACGGCGUGGGCAAACGACGAACUAGCGGGAUGGGGCUCGUAUUGCAAUUUCCAGAUUGGAUUGCAGGCGGGAGAUGAGGAUGUUGAGGUGUUGAGGCGCGGGAUGCCGGAGCGCGGGGUGUGGGUUGCGGGGGAGCAUUGUGCGCCGUUUGUGGCGUUGGGUACGGUGACGGGGGCGUAUUGGAGUGGGGAGGGGGUUGCGAGGAGGGUGAGUGAGGUGUUGGGAUUAGGUGGGACGAGUAAGUAA